UCACUCCAGGUGCUGUCAUUUAUCAUCUUUAUCUGCUAUAUUGCAUCUCUAGCAGCUUCUUUCAUGAUGGCACCGCUCCUCGAGUUUCUGCUGGCACUGUUUCUUUUUUUUGCCUACGCCUCCAAGCUGAAUGAGAAGUUUAAAGGACUCUACUGGCCUCUGACGGAUUUCUUGCGCUGUGUCACUGCUGCCAUUAUUUACUUUGCCAUUUCCAUCGCUGCUGUCUCCAAGUACAGUGAUGGAGCAUCUAAAGCAGCAGGGGUGUUUGGGUUUGUAGCCACCAUAGUGUUUGCCAUUGAUUUUUACAUCACCUUCAACGACCUGCUCGGUUUCCUCAAGCAAGGCAGUCCUGAUCCCCCCGAAGGGCACAAGUCAGAAGAUGAGGACUCUGACUCUGACUCAGACUGAGGAACCAAACACCAACCAAGCGUGAAGGGAAGAUGAUCGAGCACUUUCCUCUGCUGAAUGCACUGCCAAGUGAAAGAUCUCCCUUACUGCAGCCUCCGGAUCCUCUUCCCACCUCACUGCUCGUGGAAUCGCCGAGGCAUGGACAGGGCAGUGAUGUGGAGAAGAAGACAAUUCCCAAAGCCAUUAGAGACUUUGUCAGAACUUCAGUUUCUGCAGCAGUUCAGCCUUUCCCAGAGGAGUGUGUCCCAACACAGCUCAGUCCUCCUUUGCCCCUCCUUCCUACGACGUCCCGAGUGAACGGGAACGGCAUUUUAAACGUGUAAUCAGAGCUUUUAACCUGCUUUCUUCCUUCCAGAUCUUUAACACUUACAGCUUUUGUACUUCUUGACGUGCCAAAGAGGAGAGGUUUGAAUGCCUCCAUUUGUAUUUCUCUUUUUAACUAACAGUAUUUCCUUCUCUGGAGUCUGAGUGUUCCACUCUGAAGCACUGAAGGCCUGGAUUCCAGUGAAGGGUUGGUUACAUUUAUAUCUGCUGCCUGUCUGGGACCACAAGUGACAACUGGAAACCUGCAGCGAGAGCAAACCUCAGAGUCUAACUGCUGCAGGCAGCUGGCUCAUCAGACAUUCACAAUCACUCUUUUUAAGCUGCUUGGAUGGAGUCACAUCCCAUUCUGCCACACGUGGGACAGCUGAGCCCCAGGAGGGCAGGGCAUCCUCCCCACUGGGAAAAGGCACAGAAACCGAGCCCCAAACUACAGAAAGUCUGCAAUGAAUUCAUUUUCCCAGACUCCUUUCCUCAGUGGGAAGGGAGAAGUUGGGUUGGUUUUUUUUUUUUUCCCUGGAAGGACAGGAAUAAUUGUGGUGGUGUAUUCAGGGAAAAAGCCUUCUGAAUUUACAAGGUGUUUUCAAAAGUAGCACAACUUACCUUGAAAUAUUUGUAUCCACCUACAAACACAUGCUGCUUGGGAAAAGCGUGGCCUGCUCCUUACAGAUGGCAGCAGACAGCUCUGUGCCAAAGAAAUCUGGAGAUAUUUUUUAAAAAUUAAUACAGCACCAGAACAGGUGGCCUUUACAAAAACUAAAAUGAGAGCAGAUGGUACUAAGAGAGUAAAUGAAAAACAGGGGUAAAACAAUAAAGGCAGGUUUCCCCUGGAAUAAAAUCACCACUUGGAUUGCAGUUCCCUGGCAGCAGCUGGCUGCUGCCCACAGGACCUCACAGGGAGCAGGGAUUGGGAAGGGGCUGGUCAGACUGGAGGUGUCCUCAGGCAGCUCCUACAUCUCCUGUUUCCCGACCACUGAGAACAAAAGCAAAACAAGUGGUUGAUUAGUUCUAAAUGUGACAAAUCACCUCUACUUUUAUAAGAAAGACCUCUCUGGACCUUCUCCUGUAUGAAAUCCCGUGUUUCUUUCCCUUGUUGUCAUAUUUUCCUGGCACACACUGUGACAUCAGGGGACCUGGGCUCGUUUUUAUACUCAUUUUGUAUUUCUCUCUUUUUUUUUUUUUUUUAAUUAAAACAAAAUGUACUGCAUGUCACAUCUGGAAACUAGUACAUGGUUAAUAUUUAGAAACCACUCUGGAUUAAAUCUCUUUUCAUAGAA